AUGGCUAGAAGGAACAAUAGUUUGAUGAGCGACCUCGUGCGUUUAGUCCUGACGCGAUCCAGGUUUAAUAAGUCUAAUAUUGAGAGCUCGAGAGUCACACAGUCGCCCAUGGUGAAAAUGCACUUGAAUAAGACUAAGCUGCCGCUGUUCUUUUACCAUACACAUAAACAGCCUCAGGAAGGUGCCUCUGAAAUCGACUACACGAAUGACAAGAAUAAGGAUGUUUCUAAGGUGGAUUCGAUGAUUGAUGAUAUGGAAAUCUUUGAAGUGAUGCCUCUGAAAAUCUUAAACGCCCACAACUACACAGAAGAGGAGCUUAAAAAGAUGCCUAAUAACAGCGAAGCUAGAGAAGUUUAUGAAUAUUUGUUUGUGGAAUCUCCGGAUUCCCAACAUGGUGUCGCUGGCACUGUGGAAUCAGAUCAAAACCCAGCUAAUGUUCUGCAAUAA